AUCGAUCAUGUCACCAUUUUCACACCCCCGAGGAACUACACCGUUCCUCGCACUCUCUAUGCAAGAUCAGUUUUGCUGAAUCAGAAUUGCGAAGGGAACAAUGUCAUCCUUGCGACAUGGGAGAACUACCUUUACAACAACAACUCGAACCCUUACUUCCCAAUCUACCAGUCCUACGACGGUGGUCAUACUUGGUCAGAACGCUCUCGUGUAUAUGAUCAGGUCAACGGAUGGGGCUUGAGAUAUCAGCCUUUCCUCUACGAGCUCUCUGAGCCAAUUGGCAAUUUCUCAGCCGGCACCCUCUUGCUCGCUGGUAGCUCCAUUCCUCAAGAUCUCUCCAAGACCCAGCUCGAACUUUACGCUAGCACGGAUAAAGGUUACACCUGGACAUUCGUCUCUCAUGUCGCUAGUGGUGGUGAAGCUCUCCCCAACAACGGACUCACUCCUGUCUGGGAGCCUUUCCUCAUGACAUACAACAACACCCUCAUCUACUACUACUCUGACCAACGCGAUCCUCUGCACGGUCAAAAGAUGGUCCACCAAGUCUCUUCCGAUCUUCACACUUGGGGUCCCGUGGUUGAUGAUAUCGCCUACGGUACCUACGACUGGCGUCCCGGUAUGCCCAUCGUCUCCGAGUUACCUUUCGGUCAAUAUAUCAUGACCUACGAAUUCUACGGUGCUCAAGAGGCAGACUUUGCAGUCUACUACCGCAUCUCCACCGACCCUACAAACUUCAAUGCCAGCAUUGGUCGUCCUCUGAUUGCCACUGAUGGCACUAUUCCCACUGGCAGUCCUUACAACGUCUGGACACCUGUUGGUGGCGAUCUCGGUACCAUUGUCGUCAGCUGUGGUAACCUGGGUGAAGUAUUCCUGAACCACAAUCUCGGUGCUCCUGGAGCUUGGACGAAGAUCAAUACCCUUGAGCCUGCUUCGUACACUAGAAGUCUGUUGGUUCUGCCUGGACAGGAAGAUAUCCUGAUUGUUGGUGGUGGUGUCCUGGGUGGUGAGGAGAAUGCUGUAACAGCUAGCUCUGUCAACAUC